UUACGCACGCCUGCUCCCCCUCCCCGAGAAGACCCCCCCUCUCCAGGUGGAGCCCGCCCCGCCUCCGCGCACCUCCCUCCCUCGGUUCAGCAGCCGGUCCAUCCAUCCGUGCACUCUUCCUGGCCCCGCCAUCCAGCCUGGUCCUGGCCGUCCCCCGGAUCUGGGCCUGGAAACCCCGCCUGCCCUCCUUUCUCCUGCUCGUGGAAUCGCUGCAGGGCCCGCCCAGCCCGUGGUCCCGGUCGCAGCAACCCGGUGGCGGCUGCCAGCUCGAGACUCUCCAUGUCCCACAUAAUGCACAUUGGGAAGGCCUCCGACUCCUGAGACAUCUCGCCAAGCUUCCCCGGGCUAUUCCACACCUGGGAUCAGCCGGUGUUCCGGGUGCCUUUGCAGCACGGGCAGCACUAAUUGUGCCCAUCGGUGACUCAGCUCUUGCUCGGCAAACCAGGCUCUGGUGAAGUCCCGAGGGUGCCCUGGAGAGUGGGUGUGCCCUGCAGGCAUUUGGAGUAUCUGAAGCCCACAAUGACAUUUCCGAAUUUCAGUGGAGCAGGAAAGGAGGAAACUUGGAUGGAGUCUGAGGCUGCCGCUCAGCUGGAAAGGCAGCAUGUCCAUGAAGUCUAUGAAAGCACCGCAGCCUGCUUCAGUGAUCUGCAGGGCAAAGCCUGGCCACGGGUCCGCCAGUUCCUGCUGGAGCAGAAACCCGGCAGCCUCGUUGCAGACAUAGGUUGUGGGACUGGGAAGUAUCUCCGUGUCAACAGCCAGGUGUACAAGCUGGGCUGCGACUACUGUGGGCCUCUGGUGGACAUCGCCCACAGCAGGGGAUGUGAGGUCCUGGUGUGCGACAACUUGCGCUUGCCCUUCCGAGACUGCAGCUUUGACGCUAUCAUCUCCAUCGGCGUCAUCCACCACUUUUCCACAGCUGAAAGGCGGACCCGCGCUGUGCAGGAGAUGGCCCGCGUGCUGGUGCCUGGGGGACGCGUCAUGAUCUACGUCUGGGCCAUGGAGAAGAACCACCGGCACUUUGACAAGCAGGACGUGUUCAUCCCCUGGAACCCCGCCCUGUGUUCCCAGUUCCUGCCGGAGCCGGUUCUCACUGGGCGGAAGCGUGGGUGCGCACCCCCCAGGCCCGCCUCCAGUGGGCCCCCCGGCCGCCUGGCCUGCUCUGUCUGUGGCUACCCCCUGUGCCUUCAGAAGAGGCAGGUGUCCCGGCGCUCCCACAGCCUGGACAGCUCCGGGCCUCCCAGCUGCUGCGGGAAGCUGGCAGAGGUGAGGGAUGAGGACGGCGGUUUCUACAGCAUCUUAGGGAGGUCAUUCCGCUCCUGGUUUUUCUCCCGCUCCUUGGAUGAAUGUUCCCUAAAGGAGCAAGCGGAGAUAGCUGGGCGGGCCACAGAGGAACUAGCCCCAUGUCACCCUGUGUCUGUCCAGCCAUCAAAGCUCCAUCACCUGGACCUCGGGGAUCAGGAGCCAUUGUCAAAAGAACAAGAUGGUCCCACCGACCCUGGCCUUGUACAAACCCCAGAGAGUCCCUCAGGAAGGCCCCAACUCAGAGAGUCCCACAAAGACACUCAGACCCAGCAACAAGGGGGCCGCUCUCUCAGGCACAAUGCCACGGAGCUGAGCUGCAGGUCAGUCUGCUCUGUGGGGGCAGCUAAACCGGCCCCCGGCCAGCUCUGCCAAAGGACUUCCCUGCCCCCUCCCUUUCUCACCCUGGCAGCCACCGUGCCCACCAGGGCCUCCCAUCCAGAGGCGCUGAGCUCUGAAGCCUUCACCCGGUACUACCACGUGUUCCGAGAAGGGGAACUCUGCCGCUUGCUGGAGCAGCACGUGCCGGAGCUCCAGGUCCUCAGUGCCACCAACGAUCAUGGUAACUGGUGCAUCGUUGCAGAGAAGAAGCCUGGGAUGUUGGCCCAAUGAGUAGACCACUUGGAGAAGUGGCUCAUGGAAAGAAAGGCCUAGGGCCCGCUUCAGGGGCGGCUCCUAUAAAGGCCAGGGGGCUGCAGUUCACCACUGAGACGUCGGCAGGGGGUAGGGGUGAGGGGAUGGGCAAGGGGCUCCUUUAUUCACCUUUUCCUCUAGUGGCUCAUUUCUAGUUCUCAGAUAGAGCUGUUACCUUUAAAAAUCAGCAUCUUCCUUCAGGCGGCAUCAGCAUCUCUUUAAAAUUGGGAUUUCUUCCCUUGGUCCGCCAUAAAUCCUUUUAUAAAUCCCCUGCCAGAGCUGCCCCAGGGAUCACAUAGAAAUGGGACUAGAGUCAGUGCCCUGGCGGGGGGUGUAGCAGAUGCCCAAGUGUGGGGGUGGGCUAGGAGAGGACUGUUGUCCUGCAAGGUCUCCAGGGACACUGGCAGGAGCUAGGAAGGGCAGCCAGACAACAACAAGCCCAGGUCUCUACCCCAAAACAAAGUCUCUUGGAGACUGGAGGCCUUGGUAGUUAGAUUUUCUUUAAAGAAGCCGUGAAACAUCAUUCAUACUUUUAUUAUGACUCUUGAUUUUUUUUUAAACUACGCUUUUAUUUUCGAAUCUUUCUCUCCUUUCUUCACCACUCAGUGAGCCACCUUUUGUAGCAAAGAAUAAAAAAAAGAAGAGACAAAGAAGUCUAAAAACCCAACCAAUAACACAUCAGCUGAGGCUGGAAAUGUAGUGUUCCAUACCCAUAGUUCCCCACCCUCACCAGAAGGAGAGAGGGAAGUACAUUUCUCAUCUCUUUGGGGAGGGAGGCUUGGUUUAAUUAUUAUAAUUGCACAGGGUUCAUUUUGGGGGGUGGAUUCUCAUCAUUUCCAUGUCUGUAACCACUGGGGAUGAGGGACUUUUUUGUGGCCCUCAUGGUCUUCUGGGCUUUUAUCAGGGAGAUGAUUUGGCAGGUUUGUAUUUUUUCUCCUUUACUCCCAGGGAUACUUGCCUUAUGUACUGGAGAGAUACCUUCUCUUUACUCAAAUCCUUAAUGUGCAUUCAGAGGGAUGUGAAUUCAUAGGAGGGUGAGAACCAGUCCUUCAUCCAUCCAUUCAUUCACCCUCACGGUUAAGGUUCCAGUGAUCCUUGAUUCCACAGAAUUUGAUGUUUGAGGAAACAAUUGUCUUAUACUGAGAAGAGAAUGAAGAUUUGCCUCUUUCCAGCUUAGCAAAAAGGAAUUUUGUCAACACAUUUGUUCAUCUUAUUAAAGUAAAAUCUAAGUUGGAAUAAGGCUGUAACCGGGUUAAAUGGAGAACAGCAGAAACAGGCUUUGCCAUCAAUGUGAUUUGAGAGGUUCCCUUCCUGAGGAGAAAGUUGCCAGUUAGCAAUGCGCCCUUACCCAAUGGGUUGGUGCUACCCUUGAUGGCCAGGCAGAGUCCAGUCCCAUUUUUGUCCAACAAAUUCGCCUAAAUAAUGACUUUGUGGUAGUUAUUUUUCUUCAGACAUACUCAAGAAACCUGGAAUUUGAAUUCAAAAUCCAGAUAGUGAGUCAGUUGUUAAACAGUUACUAUGAUGAGUGAAAAAUAGUCCCCUGUUCUCAAGUACUCACAGUCCAGUGUGGAAGACACCAUGCAAACAACCAUAUACAAAUAAGUUCUAGACAAGAUAAAGAGGAAAACAAUUUACAGAGGAGGACUGGAAACAAGAGGAGCUGGAGAAGGCUUUUUGUAGGAGGUGGGAGUUUAGUUGAGACUUAAAGGAGGUCAGUAGACACAGCAGAGGAAAAAGCAUUCCAGACCUGGAGGAGAGCCAGAGAGAAUGCUCAAAAUUUUUGUUUGUGAAUGUGAAGUUUGUGAAAAAGUCAGGAGGUUGAUGUCACAGGUUAAGAAAUGAAGUAUAAAAAGAUUGGAACAGUUGGGGUGGAGGUUGUGAAGGACUUGAAAAGCCAGAGGACUUUAUAUUUGAACCUGGAGGUAGUUCUAUAAGCUCCUGUCUGGAUGGAGGGGAAGGGAAGCUCAGAGUUCUUCCCAAAACUUCCCAGAGCCCAAGAUGUUCUCCUUAGCCAUGAAGAGUUACCUACCUCUACCCAUCAUGCCUUUGUGUUUCUUGAAUCUUGUGUGCUCAUAUACCAACAAACUAUUGGAAAAACCUGUCCUACUCAUAGCCUCUGAGGGGAGAAUCCCUCCAUAGAAUCAGUUUAUGAGACUUGCCAUGGAGGAACCAUCCUGUGUCACCAUUCUCUCCUUGUGGGUUGACUUCUCCCUUUAGAAAUAAAGCUCCUUGAAAGUGGGGUCUGCCUUGCUUUUUUAUUUGUAUAGCCAGUGAACAUCACUGUGCUUAGCACACAGUAAGUGCUUAAUAAAUGCUGACUUAUUGAUUCACUCAGAUAUUUUUCUAGAACUGAUCCUUGUUAAUUGUUUUUUUUAAAUAACUUUGCUGUCCUAGCUGUAUAAUCUUGGGCAUGUCACUUAACCCCAAUGCUUUCUGGCUUCUCUGUAACUCAGAAGGGAUGCUUGGACUUGGACAUGAUAUUGCAAGUCUGACCUGAACAGAGAUGGAUAUGUCAGAAGCCACCACUUCCCUGGUCCUAAAUGUGCGCCCCGUUAGUGCUGCCAAAGUCCAGAGCAGCUUUUUUGGGCUGCCAUAGCUAACUGUUAGUGCAGACUACUGAGGGCUAGCGUGAUUUUAUCAAGAACAGGUCAUGUCAGAUUCACCUGUUUGCUUUUCUUUUGGGGAUAUGGUCAGUCACUAAACUGGUAAACCAAUCUAGACUGGUGAUAAUUUAUUGAGAUUUUAGAAAAGGAUCUGACAGUCUCAUGCUAUCCUUGUGGCUAAGAUGAAGAGAGAUGGGCUGGAAAGAGAAAAUUACAUGGACUCAGAAAUGGUUGGAUUUCUGGAACAACAGAAUAGUCAACAGCUUGUGGUUUGAUGUGACCUAUAAAGGCAACCUCUAGUGGAAGGUCCUUGAUCCUGGGGUGCCUGACUUUUUUUUUUAAAUCAAGGAUUACCAACUGAUGGAAAUGACACAUUUACCAUACUUGCAUCUGAUAUGCUAGGAGGAUUAGAUAACAUUCUAGAUAGAAUGUCAGAAUAGAC